CUCUUUGGCAAAGAUAUUUUGCUCAAUGUUUUCAUGUUUUGUAAACAGACAUGAGUGGGGAAGAAACGAAGAAGGUGUUUUUCACAGACGAAGAAUGGGAUAAUAUCGCUCUGUGCUUAAUCCAACAAAGCCAAAGGCUGAGAGAAAAUAUUAUCAUCCCGCAAAAUUUAGGACCUGUUAGGAUCAAAACGAACGAAGAAAAAUGGGUUGAAGCGGCGUUUGAAAGUUGUCCGUUUAAGACUUUGAUGAGCUGUGUCGCUGGUUAUGGUUUGGGCGCUGCAAUCGGUUUGUUUUCUGCAAGUGUAAACCCGACAAUCGUAGGACCAGAUGCAAAGCAACAGACUGCGAGGGAAGUUCUGCGUGAAAUGAAAGGGACGACUCUUAGCUAUGCAAAAAAUUUUGCUCUUAUUGGAGCACUCUUUUCAUCUGUGGAGUGUGCUAUAGAAUCGUAUCGAGGAAAAAGUGACUGGCAGAAUGGGACAUAUGCUGGUGGAGCCACUGGUGCAUUGAUAGGCUACCGUGCUGGCUUGAAGGCAGCAAUCAUUGGCGCAGCUGGUUUUGCAGCAUUCUCCACCAUUAUUGAUUAUUAUAUGAAUAGAUAUUGAAUAAUUUGUUAAAAUAAAUGUUGUUAUGUUUUC